AGUUAUUCUCGGCUCCAAGGGCACCUUCCGUUGAACACUGGCAUUGCCAUGCGCUCCACGCUGAACACCGGUGUGGCCGUGGUUUGGUUGGCGUGGUUCCACCUUGCCAUGGCGACGCAACCGAUGAUCCCAAAAGACGACGAUGACGAGUUGGAUAAGGUCAUCGCGUUGAAGCUCUCGAAGGUCACCACCCUCGCAAACAAGAUCGAUGCAGCCUCGGACAAGGUGGUCAAUGUCACUAGUCAAACGUAUCCGGGGUCUCCGGCGGUACAAGAAGCAGCCCAGGAGCUCAAGAAAAUGCUCUCAAAUGCUACGGCCGAAAGUGCCUCGCUGCAGAUGAGCCUGGGGCAGGCGAAGGCCCAGGUGACCAAUGCCGAUGCGAGGCUCGCAGCUGCCAGGGCGGCCUCGAAGAUGGCAUGCGGGGUGUCACCCUGCGAUAUCGCAGCCAGCCAGGUGGCAGAAUCGCACCUGGAAGCCAUCGAGGAGAUGGAGCGCUAUUUCGCCAUGAAGGAAGCCAUGAGGAUGAGACAAGGUUCGGUGGAGCAGAAGAAGGAGCUGGAUUUGGUGGCGCAGAGCAUCACCGACUUACCACAUCGCCUGUUGCCCAUCAUGACCAGGGAAAAGAGGCUUUGCAAAGGUGACAAGAAGCUCACCAAAUGCCAAUUGGCUCUUAACACUACAGUGGCGGAGCAGUACAAUGAAGUCCUUCAAUCGAAAACCUACAACGAGUGCAAAGACUACGCAGAGAAGCUCAGCUUCGCGAUCAAACGUGCCGAGGAACUGCUCAGGCCCCUGGAGCUGGGCGAAAUGAAGCUCUUCACUGACAGCGUCGCAUCGCGCCGUGAUGUUCGUGACCACGGUACGCUCCGUGCGAACAAUGCGGCAUUUCCAGCCGCCACUGCGUUGCUGCGUGGCACGGGCUGGAUGCUCUUGGCGCUGGCAUCGCUCAUCCUCAUUUCAUCGGUGGCGGUCCUCCUACGUCGCCGCCAUCUGGAGCCGAUCAGCGAGGCGUUGCCGGCGUUGCUGGAGUGACGGGGAGUUCCGGUAAGGCUUCCGACUUGAACAUGUGUCCAGAAGUCCC